UCAGUGUCUGAUGACGAAUUUCCCCACAAAUCAUUAUCACUCUAUUCUGCAAGUGGUUCUGAUUUACUAUCUCUGUUCUCUAGCCAGUCUAAAACCACUUUUGACCUAAAGGGACGCUUUUUGGACGCCAUGGACGUUUCUCAGUUUCCAGGCAGAAAGAACAGACAAAAUGCAGACAGGGGACAGGACAAAGCACUAGGGACAAAAUGUAUGGGAAAUGGGUUGAAACAGCAAUGUUUUACUAUGUAAAAUUUGUUUUGAAAAAAAUGAAAUUUUUUAAAAUUUUCAAAUUUCCCGCCCCCGACGUCACAGGGACCGGAACACAGAAGCCAGAUGCCGGCAUCGGCCAGAGGAGAUGGCCGGGGAAGCUGCAGGGGGCACAUCGCGGG